AUGAACAAAGAAAAAACAAAAGAAGAAGAAAAGAUCCAUCCUUCCAAGAGUUUGAGAGUAACCUCAAUAAGAGAAGACGACAAGAUCCGGAAUACAGAGAAAAUGAACAAAGAGAAAACAAAAGAAGAAGAAAAGAUCUAUCCUUCCAAGAGUUUGAGAGUAACCUCAAUAAGAGAAGACGACAAGAUCCGGAAUACAAAGAAAAUGAACAAAGAAAAAACAAAAGAAGAAGAAAAGAUCUAUCCUUCCAAGAGUUUGAGAGUAACCUCAAGAAGAGAAGACGACAAGAUCCGGAAUACAGAGAAAAUGAACAAAGAAAAAACAAAAGAAGAAGAAAAGAUCCAUCCUUCCAAGAGUUUGAGAGUAACCUCAAGAAGAGUAGAAGACAAGAUCCGGAAUACAAAGAUAAUGAACAAAGAAAAAACAAAACAAGAAGAAGAGAUCCGUCCUUCCAAGAGUUUGAGAGUAACCUCAAUAAGAGAAGACGACAAGAUCCGGAAUACAAAGAAAAUGAACAAAGAGAAAACAAAAGAAGAAGAAAAGAUCUAUCCUUCCAAGAGUUUGAGAGUAACCUCAAUAAGAGAAGACGACAAGAUCCGGAAUACAAAGAAAAUGAACAAAGAAAAAACAAAAGAAGAAGAAAAGAUCUAUCCUUCCAAGAGUUCGAGAGUAACCUCAAGAAGAGAAGACGACAAGAUCCGGAAUAUAAAGAAAUUGAAAAAAGAAACAAUAGAAAGAGAAGAAGAGCUCCGUCAUUCCAAGAAUUUGAGAGAAACAUCAACAAACAAAGGAGAAGCAAUCCAGCAUACAGAGAGAAAGAAUCUAAAGAUGACGCUUUACGUAAACAAAGCAACAGAUUUCCCUCCAAUACAAUUGAUGAACUUGUGGAGCACUUUAAAGAAGCAGUAUCAGUAG